AUGGCGGCGGUUAUCGGAAACGUGGCGCUGUUACUCGACGUUAAUUCUCAUCGUACGGUGGUUACUGAUCGGAGGAUUCGUUUGGCGGUGGUUGACGUCGUUCUUAAUCUACAGAAGAGAGAUUCGCACAGUAGUCACGUUCCUUCCUACUACGCGGCUCUCUCAUCCAAUAAGCCUCUUGAACCGGACGGAGAAGCUCGGAUUCGCCGGUUUUUGACUCGCGGAAAGGCGAAUUCCAGGGCUAACGCCGUCGAUUUCGACGAGGCCGGAUCCAGCGACGAGGAGAGCAACGACGGUGGUGACGACAAGGAGACCGAGGAGGAGGAGAAAGCUUACGAUGUGGAGAAGGAGAGGAAGAGGAGAGCUAAGGAGUUUCAGGAUAUGAAGGAGCUCGAGAGGAAAGCGGAGGAGUUGCAGUAUAGGAUUGAGGAAGAAGGGGAAGAUUCAGAGGAGAAGAAGAGGAUGAGAGUGAAAAGAGAACUCGAAAAGGUAGCUCAGGAGCAAGCAGAGAGGAGAGCAACAGCAGAAUUGAUGUUUGAAUUGGGUCAAAAGGCUUACGGUAAAGGAAUGUAUGGAAGAGCAAUAGAGUUUCUUGAAGGAGCUCUUACCAUUAUCCCAAGGCCAACACUCUUUGGUGGUGAGAUUCAAAUUUGGUUAGCUAUGGCAUAUGAGGCCAAUAAUCGCCACGCUGAUUGCAUUGAUCUUUAUCAGCAACUAGAGAAGAGACACCCGAGUCCUGGUAUUCGCCGUCAAGCUUCAGAGCUUAGGUAUAUCUUGCAAGCUCCUAAGCUCAAGAUCUCUCAGGAGGAAAUGGUUACUAUACCCAUGAUCGGUUCAAGCUACGACAGCUAUGCAGUGACAUGGAGUGACAAGGAGAGGGAUAAGGACCGGAGAAUGAAUGAAUCUACUACGAAUCAGCUCAACGCGAGUCAAGACUUUCUAGGAAAGCUCUUGGUUUGGCGACCACCGAUCGGUAUGGAGAAGAACCGAGUCUUUUGGCUUUCUUUGACAUUGUGGUUCGGUUUAGUCGGAGCAGCACUUUUCCUACAAAGAUAA